AUGUACCGGAGCGGGAGUCGGUUGUGCUGCGCGCUGCGGGCCGCGUUGCGGGCGCUCCGGAGGCCCCCGCUGUGCGGAGUGAGGGCGCUGCAGACCACUUCCUCCACGCGGUCGGACGCCGUCGCCGCCGCCCCCCCCCUCGACGGCUCGCCCAAGAGCUACUCGCCCAAGAUCGAGCAGCUGGUGAAGGACAUCGCCGGCCUCACGCUGCUCGAGGUGUCCGACCUCAACGAGCUGCUCAAGAAAACACUCAACAUUCAGGAUGUGGGGAUGAUGCCCAUGGGGGCAAUGGCCGCCGCUGCACCUGUCGUUCAGGCAGCUGAGGAGGAGGCCGCACCCCAAAGGAAGGAGAAGACUCACUUCACGGUGAAGCUCACGGAGCUGAAGGCCGCCGAUAAGGUGAAGCUCAUCAAGGAGGUGAAGAACUGCAUGCAGGGACUUAAUCUGGUGCAGGCCAAGAAGCUGGUGGAGACGCUGCCCCAGGAGAUCCGGGCGAACGUGUCCAAGGAGGAGGCGGAGAAGCUGAAGGCGGCGCUCGAGGCAGCGGGGGGCACCGUGGUGCUGGAAUAGACCCCUGUGCUCUGCGUCUUUGUUCUGUGUCUCUCUUUUGUUUCAUUUCGUUUGUAUAUUUUCUUUUUCUUAUGGUGCCGAUGAAAGGCACGGGGAGCUGAGGUUCGACGCUCGGCGCUACCGGUUCCGCCCACCUCGUGGUGCCUCCGCAGGUCCCCGGUGGGCGAGACACGAGGAUGCGCCCCCCUCGUCCGGUCGUCUCCUUCACAGUCGAGCUCUGUCCCGGAUGAGGGGAGCGGUCUUGGUCUCCCGUGGCCAAAUAAAUGUCAUUUAUUACA